GACGACAGCCGCGCACAGCCGUCGCAACACGCAACACGCAAGGAGUCCACAGCAACAGGUUGUCCAUUCCAACCACAACAAUCCCGCUUGUCGCUAUGUGUUCGCCCGCUCCUAUAUAAAACCAGCUCCCUCGACUUCCAAUGAACACCCCCCCGCACCCGGCCCGUUUUUACACUCCCGUUCGCUGUGCCACUCCCCCUCCGCCAAUGACCGUCGAGGUUCGAGUCCCCGAGUUCGAGAGGAACACGAGUACAUCGAAAAGUCGCCCGCCGUCUUAGCUGUCACGACCGCCGCAUAAAUACACAGACACGCCGAUACCCUUUGCCCGGAUCGGCUCGGAUACGAUAAAUGUCGUCAUGGGAUCCUCGGGGACGCCCACCGGUUCUGCGACCGCCGACGCUGCCGAUUUGUCUUCCACGAAUCCGUAUUCCCUCCACAGUGCACUGCAUAGCCGCCGCUCGGAAUACGUGCGUGCCCAUCGCAUGCGUAUAAAGGUGGGCACUUGGAAUGUCGCCGCGUGCCCGGGCACGGACAAAGACCUUGCGAGGUGGUUCAUCGACGGGGAAGGGUUGGACCCCGCCCUUGGGUCCUCGAAGCCGCCCGAGUACGGGGUGGAAGAAGGGCAAGGGGGUCACAACGGCUCCUCUAAUACCGGGGAUCCUAUAGAGCUAUCAGGCAGCGGCGCGGUUGGGCUCUACGUCCUCGGGCUCCAAGAGGUUAAUGUCCUCACGGCCCCGAGCCAGUACAUGUCAUGGAUUUACACCGCCGACGACACGACGAUGGGGAAGUGGAAGGCAGCCCUUGAGGCGGCUUUACCACCUGACUACCAACUUGUUGCCGCCGAGCAGCUGGCAGGCUUGCUGCUCCUAGCUUACGCUUCACCUGAGAUCGCCCCGACGAUAAGCAACGUCAGCACCAGUACCGUUGGCACCGGCGCGCUGGGAUACUUGGGGAAUAAAGGGGCCGUUUGCACCCGUAUCGUUAUGGGAGAAGUCACACAGUUGUUGUUUGUUAAUUCCCACUUGGCGAGCGGCGUUGAGGACUAUUAUCUGGAGCGUCGAACCAGCCAGACGCAACAGAUCAUGACCCACGCGCGAUUUGACCCCAUCACCAUUUCUGGGGUCUCCGAGGAUGAGAAGAACAAGAUCGGUGACGAGGAUUUUGCAUUCUGGUUCGGCGACCUCAAUUUCCGCUUGGACCGCCUGCCUGGCGACGACAUUCGGCGACUUUUGAUGCUGCACACCCGAGGCGAAUACGAUCUAUCCAAGCGGGAGCUGCGCCGCGAGAGCUCUCUCGAAGGGGAGCCCAUCGUGGUCCAUCGCCUGUCCGAUAGUAGCGAUGAGGUUGCUGACCGGGAUCCCGGCGAGCAACCCCAGGAACCGGCCGAAGACAAGGCUGCCGACUCCAAAGGGGCGGAUGACGACUCCCUUAACCUUCCAGACCCUGACGAGUUCCCCCAAGACCCGCAUGGAGAUCCCGGCUCCCUCCAAGCUACGCUUGACUCUCUUCUUCCACACGACCAGCUCAAGCGACUCAUCAAACAACGCAAGGUCUUCCACGAGGGCUGGCGAGAGGGCCCUAUCGCCUUUUUGCCCACUUACAAGUAUGAUGUGGGAACCGUCACGCUCUUCGACUCUAGCGAGAAGCGCCGCCCGCCUAGUUGGUGCGACCGGGUCUUAUACCGCACACGCAAAGACCUGCAGAAGUAUGAGCAGAAGGUCAAGGAAGAGGAGGAAACACGCAAGAAGGACGAGGAGAUGAAGGCUCGGGGCAUGGAAGAGGGUAUUGAUGACGACGUCCUAUUUUCGUACGACCCUGAAAAUGACGGGGAGGAACAGCCAAGCUCGACGAGCCUGGAGUACGACGAAUAUGACGAGGCCGAGGAUGGAGGCGAUGAUGAAAACACCAGUCAAGCUGGUCACGACAGGUUACGGCUUGAACUUUACACCUCCCACCAGCGGAUCACAUCAUCCGACCACAAGCCCGUUACAACCAUUUUCGCGCUCGAUUACGAUGCCGUGGUCCCCGAACUAAAAGCCAAGGUGCAUGCGGAAGUUGCGCGAGAGCUGGACCGGGCGGAAAAUGAGGGUCGACCGGGAAUCACCAUCGUAGUUGACCGCCACGACGCCCGAGAUCACGCACGGCUUGAUGCCACGGACUCCCCGACACACGUUGACUUUGGCGAGAUCCGAUUCCUCGAGAGGCACACCUCCACCCUGACGCUAGCGAAUACUAGCGGCGUGCCUGCCACAUUAUCCUUCAUCGAGAAGCGGGCGACAGACGACUUAGAGGGUGACGAUCUAGCCCAGGUACAAUGGCUGAUGACAUCCUUUGUGCACCCAGAGGCCGCGGACGAUGACACCGAACCCGUUGAUGUAGGAAAGGAGGUCACGCUAGAGCCAGGCGAGACGCUGAAUGCUGUGCUCGACACGCUGAUCACCAACGUUGCGCACGCCCAAAUGCUGAACGCAGGGCAUUCUACUUUGGAAGAGGUUCUCGUCCUUAGAGUGACGGACGGCCGAGACCACUUUAUCCCUGUCCGCGCCUCUUGGGCACCAACCUGCAUUGGCCGCUCCGUCGAGGAGCUCAUCCGGGUACCCGAUGGCGGGAUUCGAGCCUUUGCCCAUUCCCUCUCAAAACAGAGAGGAAGUAACGGCCCGAUCCCACACGACCUCCCAGCCCACCGCCCCGCUCCGAGGGAGCUCUUCCAACUCACCGAAGCCAUCGAAUCCGUAACCCAACGAGUGGUCGCCGAUGCCCAGAUGCUCGAGGACUGCACCAUCCCCACCGACCCCGGCUGGCCCUUCGACGAAGUCGUCUGCAAAUCCACCGACGCCGACACCCGAACAGAGCACAUCCUCUCGCUCAUCUCCGCCCUUGACCAAAACCACACCCUCUCCUCCGCCCUCCCCCCGGAAACACCCUCCCUCGCCCGCCUCGAAGCCCUCGCCCAAACCCUCCUCCUCUUCCUGCGCGGCCUGACCGACGGCAUCAUCCCCGCCGCACUCUGGGAACGCAUCGACCAGGCCGCGCCCUCCAUCCCUGCCCUCGCCAACCCAGCAGCAGCCAACCCGCCCCUCGACGACGCCGCCCUCGACACCGACCGCACCACCGUCCUCGACAUCCUGCAGUCCGCGCCCAACCAUAACAUCUGCUUCGUCUUCCUGACUACUACCCUCGCACGGGUGGUGUCGGAGCUGGCGCCGCUUUCUAAAGCGGAGUUGGAUGCCAUGAAGAGCGAUGUCGCGUCCCUGCCGGCCAGGGGGGGGAUUGGUGGCGUGCUGGGCGGGGUGGGGCGGAAGUCGCUGAGCUUGGUCAGGCGGGGGACGGUGUCGCCUGUGGCGGAGGCGUUGGCUGCGCUGGAGAGGCGGAGAGCCCGCGAGAGAAGGGUGGCGGAGGUGUUUGGGGGUGUUGUUUGUCGGGGGUUGGGUGUUGGGGAGGGGGCGAGGGAGCGCAGGGUUGGGGAGGGCAGGCGGAGGGCGGUGAUGGAGUUGUUUUUGAGGCGGAGGGGGGAGUGAGGGAUGGACUACGUUGGUGGGUGGUGUUUUUGGAUGGUUUUAGGGAUGGUUUAGCAUAGGACUUGUCACGGGGAUCAUGGUGUUUGGUUUGGUGGAUGGGUUAGGUUGGGCUGGCCUCGGUUUUAGGUCUGGACAUCGUCUCGGCACGUUUGCAUUUUGACCCCGGCGUUGCUGCUUGGUUACCCCAAGAAGGCUGCGUAUGGUGUUCAGUCAACGAUGGUAUUCCCAUAGUCCAAUACUUUCCUCGUCGAAUACACACAUCGCUGAGUUGGUCGGCAUUUGGGAGCCAAAACCAGCCCGGCUCGUGUCCAGCAAACGCGCUGUCCCCGCAUCCCGCCAACACGUAUUCGUACAUACAUCCAAAGUACCAAUCCUGUGGAUUGGGAGCGAACAAAGUCGGAUUCCAUGUCGAUCCCUUAUAUCUGGGGUAUUAUGGGUUCAUUUACGCUUGCAUCGGCGC